AUGGCUUCUUCAUCGAGUAUUGGUAAGAAAAACGAUUUGUAUGGAACGACGAGGAAUUUAACCGAGGUAUUUUUGUUGUUACGCUCGAAUUCGCAGCAAAGUAAGUUGAUUUAUAAUGAUAAUGCGGAGACGGUUGUGAGAUCCAGAGCGGAAGGUAUGUUUUUUUUUUGUUUUUAAAUAUUGUCCAUGUCAAAAUGUAUAUAGAAGAACGAAUGGCAUUGGUGGAACUGAAUGAGGAAGAUGAGAAUAACCAAUCACAGCCAUUUUGGAUACAUACAGCGGAUGAGGUGGAGUUUGAGUUCGAGAGGAUUCGAAGGAGAUUAGAGGAAUUGAGUGAUCAGCAAAGGAAGCAUAUUUCGAGGCCGAAUUUUGGCGAUGAAACUUUUGAGGAGGAGGAAAAGCAGAUGGAGGCGACGACAGAGCAGAUUACGCAGAUGUUAACACAUUCGCAAAGAUUGAUUAGGAUGAUGGGUAACCAAUCGUCGAAGAAGGAAAAUUCGACGGAAAGGAAGUUGCGAGAGAAUUCGGCUGGGGCGCUGAGCUUGACGCUUAGUCAAAUCACGGAUAACUUUCGAACUAGACAAUUGAAAUACUUGAGUGAUAUUCAGAGUAGGUCGAAGAAUUUGGACAAUUUUUUGAUUACUACGGAUACGAUGAUGUUGGAUGAGCCGAAUUGGGCGGAAUUGGAUUCUUCUUCGUCAGCCAAUGAAUUUACAAUGACACAAUUGCAGCAAUUUAUGUCGAAUGAUAAAGAGGUUCGAGAGAGGGAGAAGGAGGUUUUGGCGGUGAAUACAUCGAUUCGAGAGUUGAGCACGCUGUUUCAGGAUUUGUCGCAGAUGAUUGUUGAUCAGGGAACUAUUUUGGAUAGGUAAUUGAAAAUUAUACUUGGACAUCGACUAAAUGACAUUUUCAUGUUAGUUGAAAUAUUGGGUUCUAAUGUUAUUCAUAUGAUAGAAUUUUGGUGACUUUACGUUACCCAUAAGUGAUUUAGCGACUUUCUUUUAGUCGAUAUUUAAUCGAAAAGUCGCUAAAUCACUUAUGGAUAAGGUAAAGCCAUCAAAAUUUAUAUCAUUCUGUUCGUCUUAGACCAUUCUAUCAUAUGAAUAACAUUAGAACCCAAUAUUUCAACUCACUUGCUUAAAAACCUGAAAAUGUCGAUUUAGUCGUUGUCCAACUAUAUUGAAGAUUUCAGCAAAAAUUUCUGAAUUCCAAAACAUCUGAUUUUUUUCUAGAAUUGAUUACAAUGUCGAACAAUCAUCAAUCCGAGUUUCCAAAGCUGUCGAUGAUGUUUUCAAAGCAGAAAGGCAUCAAAGAAAUAACAAAAAGAUGCAUUGUAUUUGCAUUCUUACUGUGGCUAUAAUUUUCGUUCUAAUUUUAAUUAUCGCUACAAAACUUUAA